AUUGAUGAACCACCAUGUAGCCAUCCUGUUUGGCAAUGAGAGAGUCGACAUGUGACUUAAAAGAAGCCGCGAAUAUCCGCCGCAUAGACCGUGCUAUAAAACCUCCUUUCAUCCCUGAAUGCCUCGUGACUUUUAACACAGUACCAUCGUCCGGCGUCAACUCACCCCGCACCACCAAACACUGCAGCAAUCCGAUCCAUUUUGUCUCCAGCACGCACCAAGAUGAAGUACGCUCGUAUGUCGAUUGAGAUUGAGUCGCCCGAGGAGUACGGCUACGACAAAAUCAAGAACAACCUCUCCGAAAGCUCCAUCACGGACCAAAGCCUCGACUCUCUGGGGCUCAAGAUUCCAAACUUGACCCUCGUUUACAAUGAGCACCGAGGGAGCUCGGAACUGCGCAAUUUGAUUGUCGGAGACUCGGGACUGCAGAAAGACGAUGUUCUCAUCACGACUGGUGCCGCUUCCGCGUUGUUCAUUAUUUCGACUUCGCAGCUGACCUCGGCGGACCACCUCGUUGUCGUGCGACCCAACUACGCUACCAACCUCGAGACUCCAAAAGCCAUCGGCUGUGGUAUCACCUAUGUUGACCUCGAGUUUGAGUCGGGUUUUACGCCCGACAUAUCUUUUAUCGAGGCCGCUAUCCAACCCAACACUAAACUGGUCUCUGUGACCUGUCCUCACAACCCCACUGGUACUGUCAUGUCCAGGGCCAGUCUGGAUCGGCUCGUUACUAUUACCAAGGAAAAGAAGUGUCUGCUCCUGGUGGAUGAGACCUACCGAGAUGUCCAUUAUGGAACCCAGUUGCCAAUUGCCGCAUCUCUUGGUGACCACGUACUCAGCGUCAGCUCUAUGUCGAAGUCAUUCGGUAUCCCGGGAAUUCGUUUGGGAUGGGUAAUUACCCAGAACAAGACCCUCCAGGAGACGUUCCUCGCUGCAAAGGAACAGAUCAACAUCAGCGGUAGCGUCAUUGACGAGUGGAUUGCCGAGCAGGUUCUUGCCCGAAAGACCUCCAUCUUGGAAGCGACUAGCGAAGAAAUGAGGAUUCGGCGAGAGAUGGUUGCCCUAUGGGUUGAAAAGGACGACAUGUUAGAGUGGAUCAAGCCCCAAGGUGGAGUAGUUUGUUUCCCUCACAUGAAGAAAGAGCCUGUUGGUGGAACUGCUGCAUUCUACGAAAGGCUUCUUAAGAAGUACCACACGUAUGUCGGACCUGGACAUUGGUUUGAGAUGUCCGACACGUACUUCCGGGUGGGAUUCGGAUGGCCGACUAGAGUUGAGCUUCAAGCUGGCAUGGAUGCUAUCUCUCAAGCACUUAGAGAUGGCAGUUGCUGAACGAAGCCUGAUGGGCACAAAAAUACUCCGGAGAAGGAAUUACAGUGCCAUGCACGCUUAGUCUAGAGGCCUAGGCUCGGUAUUUCUUUGAUAAACACAAAGUCUUUAGAAAGCGAGAUAAAUACUAAUUAAUCUUGCUCAAGCAAUUUUCUUCC